UCGGUCAGCGCCCUGGCAGGCAGACCAGAACCAGCUGAUAGCAGCCCUGAUAUUGUGGUUUUUCAGCUGCUGUUAAUCUCAACAUCAUAAGGCUGUAAAUAUGUGUUGGUGGGAACGCUGUGGCAUCAGGUGUCAGGAAUUAACUUCUGAGAGUUUUGGAUUUCAUCUGUUGAUAUGAUCUGCAAUUUCCCUCACAUGUGAGAAAUGUCAGCUGCUCCUCGUGACUGCAGCAACGACACCUCGCUCCCCAUGUGCAAUGAGGAGUCGGCGGGUCCACUCGCUGUAAUCAUCAUCCCUUCUCUGUUGGCUCUGAGCACACUUUUAGGAGUUGCUUUGAUUUUAUGCAGUCUCCAUAAGAACAAACAGAGACGACAGAGCACCUCAGCUCAUUUAACAAAUGGCCAGCAAAGUGUAUCCCCGGCUACAGCUGCUGUGAGCACUCCAAAGGUCCAGGCAGCUUUGUAUCCCUGGGAGAUCCCUGAAGAGUGUGCUCUAGAGGGACUAGAGUUUUGGCAGACAGGUCGCCAUGGCCCCAUUUGUAAAGGUCUGCUGAAGAAGAGAGACGGAGCCUCCUCUGCUGUGGUGGUGAAGUCUCUCCGAGAUGGUCCCAACCGGCCUGAAGCUAAGGAGUUUGUGGACUGGGUCCUGUUCCACGCCACAGUGUGUAAACAUGAGAACGUGGUGCGAAUGUUGUACUGUCAGACCAAGCGUCUACCCAUGUAUCUGGUCUUAGAUGCCUACAGCCCAGGAAACCUCCUUCACUUCCUCUGGACACUCAGAAAUGUAACGAAGAAUUCCAAUACUGUGGAUCCAUUGCUGAACUUCUCUGAGAGGUCAGUGUUUCUGGUGGCAAAGCAGGUUGCAGCUGGCCUGGAUUAUCUGAUGUCCCAGCACAGGCUGGUGCAUGGUGAUGUUGCUGCCAGGAACAUCUUAAUUGGCCCAGGCCUCUCAGCCCGGGUGUCUGGCCUGGGCAUGGCAUUUGGAGGACGCAGAUCGGAUCCACCAAUUAGGGAGAGGGCAGCAGAGGUGCCUCUCAAAUGGCAGGCUCCAGAGAGGAUCAUGAUGCAGCUCAGUAUUGACAGGAGCGACGUGUGGUCAUUUGGAAUCUUACUGUAUGAACUGAUCACCUUAGGCUCUCCUCCGUACCCUGAUCUGGAGCCUCUGUCUGUGCUUCCAAAGCUACAGGGGUCUUAUCGAAUGAAGAGACCAGAGAACUGUGGAGGACCUUUGUACGAUCUGAUGAAGUAUUGUUGGAUGUGGAGUUUCAAAGACCGACCUGCGUUCUCGGCCAUCAUCAAGCUGUUGGAGGCUUCACAGCAUCUGGCCUCUACUAAAGACAUUUGUGUUCCUGAGGUCAUUGAUGUAUUUGAGUACAACAGAAAUGCAGGACUGCUCUCAUAGGCUCAUGUGCUACCAAAAGCGACAAAACCCACCAACCGAGUAUUGCUGAAUUUCUACUAUUAAAUACCAGGGGAAAAUGGG